AGAAGCGAGCCGCGGAGUGGGGACGGUCCGGCGCCGGAGACAAAGGGCGCACGGGAAGGAGCCGGGCGCCCGCGCUCACUUCGGGGGCCGGAGCCGGGGGCGCAGGGGCGGCCAAGGAGGCAGGUGCGGGCCCCGGGAUGCGGACGCCGGUGGUGAUGACGCUGGGCAUGGUGCUCGCGCCCUGCGGGCUGCUGCUCAACCUGACGGCCACGCUGGCGCCCGGCUGGAGGCUGGUGAAGGGCUUCCUCAACCAGCCCGUGGACUUGGAGCUGUACCAGGGCCUGUGGGACAUAUGCCGCGAGCAGACCAGCCGCGAGCGCCAGUGUGGCCAGCCCGACGUGUGGGGCUACUUCGAGGCCGAGCUCGUGCUCGUGGCGCGGGGACUCAUGGUCACGUCGCUGGCCGCCACGGCCCUGGGGCUGCUGCUGGCGUCGCUCGGCGUGCGCUGCUGGCAGGAGCGGCCGCGCUUCGCGCUGGCCGGCCUCUCGGGCGUGGUGCUCUUCGCCGCCGGCCUCCUCAGCCUCAUCCCGGUCUCCUGGUACAACCACUUCUUGGAGGACCGCACCGUCCUACCCGCCGACGCCAGCCCGGUCACGGUGCACGUCAGCUACAGCCUGGUGCUGGGCUACCUGGGCAGCUGCCUGCUGCUGCUGGGCGGCUUCUCGCUGGCGCUCAGCUUCGCGCCCUGGUGCGAGGAGCGCUGCCGCGGCUGCCGCAAGGCGCCCCCUGGCAGCCCGCGCCGCGGCAGCAUCAGCACCGUGCACGUCGACUGGCCAGAGCCCGCGCUCGCGCCCGCCAUCAAGUACUACAGCGACGGCCAGCACCUGCCGCGGCCCGCCGACCUCGGCGCCGCCCGCAAGCCCAGGGUCGGCUUCCCCAUGCCGCGGCCUCGGCCCAGCGCCUACACCAACCCGGUGGACGUGCUCCGCGGGGAGAGGGCCGACACCCCCGACGCCUCCUUGCCGAGCACCGGGUGCUGCCAAGGCUCGCUGCCCUGCGACUCCGACCUGUAGAUGGCGGCCCCCCUACCUGCUCUGGCCAGGCUCUGCCCGGACAGAGGACUCGCUCCACCACGUCCAGCCUUGAACUUGUCUGUUACCUUGUAGCCGGAAACACCUGGCUCAGAGUCUGAACCCGGACACGUUCCUGUAACCGGUUUGGAGGGUGAUGUUCCUUUCUUGUGGCCAAACUAGACUCCUUGCACAAUUAGUUCAGGGUUUGUUUGGUUUUCUUUUUGUAGAGUUUAGUCUUCCUCUCCGAGGGAUCAGGGUCCUCAUAUGGAGUGACGCGUUUUUCAUACUUUAAGCUGAAGGAGAUAUAGAAAGGGUGCUUUUGUCUCGUGUUGACGUGGGACAAUAAAACGUCAAAAUCAGCAAACAGAGGCCCCAAAACCCUGUUUUAACACCUGGAAAUACCAGUCAACCUUACAUCAAUAUAAUUUUUUUUCUGCUGUAUAUAAUUUAUUCUUAUGCAAAUUCUCAAGAGACCAAUACACUGGCUAUGUUUGAACGAAGCUCUUAAAAUAAAUGUAGAGCCAUGCAAA